UCCUCUCCCCUACUAGUGUAGUGCUGCCUGUCUGCCUGCCGGAGCAGCGGUUUCUGUUUUCAUUACUGGGAAAAAAAGAGAAAGUGUAGCGUGCCGUGCCUUGCUGCGCGAGUUAGCGCUAGUCUCCGCUACACUCUGAGGCGGACCGACAGGAUCGGUGUGUGUGUGUGCGUGAGAGACAGCGAGAGUGUGUAUCUGUGCUUGAGUGUGAGAGAGAGAGUCUGUGGUGUGGCGCGCCGUGUUGUCGUUGGGGAGUUAAGUCACAUGCUCGUCUCUCUCUCUCUCUCUCUCUCUCUAUCUCUCCCUCUUUCCCUCUCUCCCUCCCUCUCUCUCCCUUUCUCUCUCACUCGUUCUGUCUCCUGUGCUUGUCUGCCUGGGAUCCAGCGGGCUGCUCCAGCCAUGAUCGUUCUAGCCGCGGGAGCUGAAGGCUGAGGGCACUGCACCGACAAGGGGAGACGAGCUUGCUCUCUGUGGCUACUUCAGGAAGUGCCUUGGCCAGCGUCUGCCGCAGCUAGGAUCUGCUGCUAGAGCUCUGCUUUUCUUGCCGCGCUUGCUGUUGGCACCUAAAGUAGCGAGCGAUCGAGUGAUCGAGAGAGCCAGUGAUCGAGGGAUCCAGUGAGUGGACGGACGGGUGAUCAAGCAGUCGGACUCACGGAACUCACGAAGCUCACCGCCAAUCGCCUCAAUCAACAGCCAAUCCGUGACCUGGGUAAAACAUCCAGCCUCACCCUCCCUCACGCCAAAACGCACCCCCCACACCACCACCCAACAGUGUUCAUACAGGACUCCAGUUGACCUGUCCAGGACUCAGGAAAUCAACCUGCUCUCCUACCUUCAACCCCCCCACACCCCCCCUCAUCCACCCCCCCGAAGGCCUAAGGAAAGGCAGCCGCCUCUCGACGGAUCUAUGCUGCAGAGCAGAGAGAGAAAACGUUCAUUCUGAUUUUGGAUCCAGUUUGAUUGUUUUUUUCUAAUUUGUGCUUUUUAUUUUUUGGGGGAAUAGCAGAACUCACCAGGAGGGCUUUUUUAACACAUAGAUCUCUAGGGCUGUUACCAGCCACUCGGUUGAGUGCCGUCUUUUUACAGCCUUUUACAACUUUGACUUGGAUUUACUCUUUUUCAGAUCCUUUUAAUUGUUGCCACCCCCUCGUCCAAAAAAACACCCCCACCCCCUUCCUCCUCCGUGUGCUGCGCGUGCUUCUCGGUGCGCUGUGUGGUGUCGUCGUUGCUGUUGCCGUGCGGACAACCUUGUGCUGAGUCGAGUCGAGAGCCGAGAGCCGAGAGCCGAGAGCCGAGCGCCUGAGCGCCGAGCAACGGACGGGGUAACCAUGGCGAUGAACAUGGCGCACAUGCGGGACACCAAGUGGCUGACGCUGGAGGUGUGCCGAGAGUUCCAGCGAGGCUCCUGCUCGCGCUCCGCCGACGAGUGCAAGUUCGCCCACCCGGCCAAGAGCUGCCAGGUCGACAACGGACGCGUCAUCGCCUGCUUUGACUCCCUCAAGGGUCGCUGCUCCAGAGAGAACUGCAAGUACCUGCACCCUCCUCCGCACCUGAAGACGCAGCUGGAGAUUAACGGCCGCAACAACCUGAUCCAGCAGAAGAACAUGGCCAUGCUGGCCCAGCAGAUGCAGCUAGCCAGCGCCAUGAUGCCCGGCACACAGCUGCAACCCAUGAUGCAGCUCGGUAGUGCCAUGAUGCCCGGCACCCAGCUGCUGCCCAUGCCCAUGUUCUCUGUCGCCCCAAGCCUUGCCGCCUCCAACGCCAAUGCUGCUGCCGCUGCGGCGGCCGCCGCUGCCUUCAACCCGUACCUGGGUCCCGUGUCCCCCGGCCUGAUGGCCCAGGAGAUCAUGCCCAACGCCCCCAUGCUGAUGACCAGCAAUCCCAGUAUGCAACAGCAGCCGCCACCCACGCAGAAGCUCAUGAGGACAGAUCGGCUCGAGGUGUGCCGCGAGUACCAGCGCGGCAACUGCUCGCGGGGAGAGAACGACUGCCGCUUCGCACACCCGUCCGACAGCACCAUGAUCGACACCAACGACAACACCGUCACCGUCUGCAUGGACUACAUCAAGGGCCGCUGCUCGCGUGACAAGUGCAAAUACUUCCACCCGCCUACCCACCUCCAGGUCAAGAUCAAGGCCGCCCAGCACCAGCUCAGCCAAGCCUCUGCUGCCGCUGCCGUGACUCAGUCGGCUGUCAAAUCACUGAAGCGACCCCUCGAGGCCACCUUUGACCUGGGAAUGCCCCACACUGUCAUGCCUCCUCUGCCAAAGAGACCGGCACUUGAAAAAGCCAACGGUGCCACUACCAUGUUUAGCACUGCUGGCAUGCUCCAGUACCAACAGGCCCUGGCCAACAUGCAGUUUCAGCAGCAAGCUGCUUUUAUCCCGUCAGGCUCAAUAUUGUGCAUGUCACCUGCAGCAAGUAUUGUUCCCAUGAUGCACGGUGCUUCACCAGCCACUGUGUCUGCAGCAACCACAUCUGCCACAAGUGUUCCCUUCGCAACCGCCACCGCCAAUCAGUUGACUACCAACGAAUACAUGCAAUUGAUUCCCAUAAUAUCUGCAGACCAUCUGACUAGUCACAAGUAUUUGACUCAAAUGUAGUUCCUGUCCAGAACAAUCAAAUAUUAAAAAGUAUGCUGGUGUACCAUCAAGGACAACUUCCAGCAUUCACAGCCAUCACACCAUGAAGGUGUCAGUCUGAACCACGGGGAGAGAUCAUUCGUCUCUUAGCUGGGCCUCAGCCCCAGUCAUGCAUGUUAAAAUGGGGUAUGGCCAGGGUCAACACCAUCCAACACCAUCUAUCUUUAAACCAUCAGUACCACCAAUCGAAAGACUUACCCUCAAAACAACCCUUCAGCUUGAUAUUGAAGAGACCUUUCUUCUGGCACCAACAUAAUUGUAUGCCAAAACAGUGUACUUGCCCAAACAAAGUAACAUUUCACACAUACCUUAACACAUACGCCUGCACGUGUGCACGUACGUGUGCGCACACACACACACACACACACACACACAAACAGAAACACAUCCACUGUUUUAAAAUAAGUGGUGAUUUCACUUCAGAUUUAAACAGUAUUGGUACGUCAGUAGACCAAGAGAUUAAGUUUUAUUCGUAAUUUUUCAUUGUUUUAUUGUAUGGUUUACAAAAUGGUAAAAAGGUGCACCUUAAUGAGAGAGAAAAAAAAAACAUUCAAUGGCACAAACUCAUUUGAUGAGCAUAUUUGGUGACCUAAGUGUUCUGUAAUGGACGAUUCGAGUGAAAUUAGAUUUUACACAAACAGAAGGUCAGAAUUGGAUAAGACAGAUGAAUGUUUUAUUCAAAGCGCACAGAAACACCUGUGCUCUUCUCAAAGCACAUUCGCUUGAUUCUGAAUCACCCUCUAGCCUUUCCACACCAUACAUCCAAAACUAAAGGUGUUGUUUCAGCAGUGUUAUUAUGUUUACUCAAGAAUGAUGUUUUAUUUUAUUUUAUUUUGUUUUGUUUUGUUUUAUAAUGACAAUUGUUUUUAUACAUAAUUUCACAAAUGUGUGUGGGUUUUUUAUACUUUUAUUGCGUCUUUAUUAUUUUUUGUCAUUAAUUUUCUGAGUGCAUUUGCCAUAGCCCUCUAGUAUUUUGUGUUUCACCCCCAAAAAAAUCAGAGUGGCCUUUUUUCCGAUUUCAGUAUGUAGAACUAACUCACAUUUUGGCCCUUUUAUCUUUUUUGAAUGUUGUUUAUUGAUGUUGUUGCUGUUUUAUGUUUUAUUUUUCAAUAAAACGCAGGAAGAGAUGUUUUGGUAAUCUUAAAGUGAUAUGAAAAUGUGCCGAGGUUACUAGUCUCAUGACUUUAAAGGGUGUUUUUAGGGUAUAUGGCCAUGCAGGAGACGGGGAUAUGAGACCAGGAGGUCUGGUUUAAUGGCCAUCUUGAAGUCUCACAUUGUGGAAAGUGAGACUAUAAAAUUGAAGCAGGAAUAUGCACGGCUUGAAUGGAUGUCAGAUAUGAACAGCCGAGUGAUAUGAUGGUAAUUUUCUUUAAAAAAAUGUCUUUCCUCUGUGUAUUUCAUUGUGUAAUUACAUUUCAAUAUAUAUCCUUUAACAUGUCGGUAGCCAUUGUUUGAACUAUGUCUCUCAAUGUUCAUACCAAAGGUUUUUUUUUUUCCCCUAUUGGGCAGAGGGGUGAGAAAUGUGUCUUUUCCUUCUGAAUUCUGGCUGAUAAGAGGUCAGUGAGGUUACCCACUGAAUGAAAGCAAGUGGCAGAUUUAAGAAAUCAGAUGGAAUGGAAAUGAUGUUACGGAAUCUCCUUAGAACUAGACUUUCCAUUCUUAAGUAUUCUCGAGAUUCUGUUCCAUUGCUUUACUGAUUGUACUGUACCACUCUCAAAGCCUUAGCGUACAGCCUGGGCGCUUGCCCAUACAAAAUACUCUCAAUCUCAAUCAUUGUACAGGUCAUAAAUGCCAAUGAUAUUCUCUAGCUCUAAUGCAUAUACAUGUAUCACCUUGUUUUGUUUUUGAUUUCACAUACAUAACACACUCUCUGAUGAAUUUAUUUGAACAUCAUUGUUCAAAUAGUUUUACUUAAUAAUUUUAACUCAUUUAACACAGUAAUUUCAGCCUUAUUAUUGUACUUACCAUUGUCAUCUGUUGUAGGUUUUAGGUGUAUAAACCAUUCAGAAAAUGUCAUGCCAUAAUCAUCAUGUUUCAAUAUUUUGCAUCAGUUAGAACAUUUAUUUUCAUCUAUAGCUUAAUGUCUAUUUUUUCUUCUUCAAUCUCAUUAUUAGGACUUUUGUUGUUAUGUCUGAAUAUUAGACAUUUCUCCUUGUCUGUUUCAAUUUGUUGAACAAAGAGUUUUUGAUAUUGACAUCUUAAAACAAGGAAAACAAUGAAUUGACCUGUUGCUGUGGCAACAAAUUCUGGCUGACAAUAUUUUAACAAAUGAUUUUUUUAAUGUAUAACAAGAACAGAUCAUGUCUUGAAAUGAUUUUUUUUAGUUGUUUUCGUUUAAGCGUAGAAUCGUGUACAUGCUAGAGUGAAAGGAAAAAAAAAAAUUUUCUACUGUAUCCAUUUCAGAGAUUAAAAUAUUGUUUUAGUAUUUCUUAAGAAACUUAGCUAAACAUCCAAGAAUGUUAGGCCAAAUAUGAGCAGCGGUAAUCCUGGCCUUUUGGCCCUUAUCGAUCUCAGUGUGUGGAGAGGAAGAGAUGUCAUUGGGCUGGGCCUAAGCCCCGCCCCCGCCUGUGCUGCGCUGCGCGAGGGCUAGCCAGAACCUAAGGGACGAAGGUUGACUUUUUGCACUUCUGUAUAUAGUCAGUAAAAGAAAAAAAUAAGAAACGUGUAUAAUAUUGAAAUCUUAUUUUGAAUAAAAAAAGUCUAUAAUUAUAAGAAAUUUUGUUAGGUUAAUUUAAGGAAUUAGAAUAAAUGACCAGCUAACAAAUUUGCUUGCUAAUGUGGCUCUGUUUCUUCUGCCCAUCAUGUGAGAAAAAAAAAACAAACAAAACAAAACAACAAAGAGCUAGCAUUUGUUGUCAUUUUUAUGCUUAGCUUGUGGUUUGCCAGGAUAUCACCUACCGUAGGUUGGAAGGUCCCUCACUCCUAUAGUCUAUGGGGCCUCUCACGGGAGUCCUCUCAUACGUACAUGAAAUACAGCCCCCACCAACCUGUGUUAACAAUGACAAAAAAACAAACAUUUUAAAACUAGGAUACUUUAGCAUAGUUGGACAUGACAGACUGCAUGCCAAAAAAAUAUAUAAAAAAACUUAAAACAUACCAACAAAAAAUACAAAAAAAAUUCAAAAAGAAAUACCGUAGGAUAAGGACACAGUAAUAACAAGUAUUUAUCAUCAAACAUUUUUGAAUUAUACUUUAAGAUUCAAGGGUAAUUAUCAGGAUAAAAGAAAACCUAAAACAUGGUAAUAAAUACAUACUCAUAAAUAAAUUAUAUCUAAAAAAGUAAUUGAGAUGCAAAACCGCCCCCAGAAUAUGCUUGCCUAUAUAGUGCUUUACCAGCGCUGUUCAACCAAGACCACAGAUCCAUCUCAUUGCUUCUGUUGCCAGGCAACUGUGUGUCCAGCAGGUGGACACCUCAGUCAUCAACAAACAUAAACACCACAUGUGUUUUCUCUCUUAAAAUGAAUGUAAUCAUCUUCAAAUACUGAAAUAUACAUAGAUUAAGUGUCAACAUUUUUACUCACUUCGCCUUUUUUUGUUUUUGCACAAGUGCUAGUAUACCAAAGCAUCACUCCCCCACCCCUCACUCCCACUCCCACUGCACUGCACUCUUUGACAUGUCUUAUUGUGGAGCUGUCAACGCCCCCCCUGCCCUCCUGCAGGUGUUAGUCACCCAUUGAAGAGACUAGGACUGCAGAGAGGCUCUGCUUUUGUCGGUGACUUGGUGCACGUUUCUGGAAAGCAUCGUUGCUAACCAGUUAGCAAGUUACAUACUGGGUUUCCAAUGGGAAAUUGCAUUGCCACCAAGUAAGUUCCUAACUUAGUUAGCAAUGAUGUUGUCGAGAAUCAGGGUGCAGGACAGGUCCACUCAUGUAGUCUCCCUCUCUCUUGGGUUCAAGACUCGCAGUUUCUCUGCUGGACACACACGUCUGCCUGGCUGCUUAAAUGCUCUGUGUAUUAGACAAGACUUUACGAUUUUGCUUGUUCUUGCUGUAACAUGAGUAUUGUACUUUACAAAAAAAACAUGUUUUUAAUGCACAUUUAUUAUUGGCAUAAUUGAAUUGCUGUUAUGACUCAAAAAGUAAAAAAAAUAAAAUAAAACCAAAAUUGCGCAGAGAAGAA